GCAGCGGAGCCAGUCAGGCCCCCGCCCCGCGGGCAGCGGCCGCGUUCGAAACCGAAGUGCGGGCUCUGGGCAGGGGAGCGAGGGGAGGCGCCGCCCCGCCCGGGGGGGGGGGGGGGGAGAGAGGCCGGGCUGGCUGCCUGGGCAACGGGAGCGGCCUGCAGGAGGAGACAAGGUGAUGUUGGUUACAUCUGAUGUUAUGAAAUGGUUCUAGCUCAGCUAAUCCAUCAUUUUGCUGAAUUCCUCCAGUUCCUUCCCCUUCUACUUUCUAUUAUGCCUGCUGUAACUGAAGCUUCACUUAACACCAAGAUAUUAGAUUUCUUUGGGUCUUAGGCAGGAGAUAGGCAUCCAGACACUAGGAGUAAGGCAGCAGCAUGCAUGUCCAGAGGGAGAAACUUCGGUGUUGAGUGAAUUUGGGCACCUGCAAGUAUUCUACUUUGGUGACCAGCUGGAUUGAAUACUCAGUGCUUUGAAGAGGAGUAGAUGGAAUCAGGCCAGAGUUGUAGCACUACUCUUUCAGACUGUUUUGAGGAUACAUUUGAAUCCUUCAGUGAGGAGGAGGAGGAGGAAGCCUGCAGGCGAUAUGAGAGUGAACGGUUUGAAUCCUAUUGUUCCACAGAGGAGUUGGAGUGGCCUGCUGCUGUGUCAGAUAUAUCUGAAAGCGUAUGGGAGUCAGUAAGCCAGGAUGAUGAAGGUGAUCAGUCUUUGUUGUCAGACUCUGAAAUGAUAGAAAAAGAGUUAACUGGAAAAUGGAUCAGCUGUCUCAAAAAUAAAGAAGAUAACAUUAAGCAAGGCAAAUCUAUCAUCAAAACACACACAGAAAUCACUGAAGUAUCAGAUGAAGAAUUGGAUGCUCUGCAGUCUUUUUGUGCCAUUAAGAUAAACCAGAUCCAUUGUCAGUUGAACUCUAAGCAAUCAAACAGCAGCAAACAUAAAGAUCUGCAGCGUGGAUUUACUUCAGAGAAGCCAGUGACAGGUGACUUGAACUGUACUAUUCCUGAUCAGAUAGUGAACAGAAUCCAUCUGAAAAAUAUCAGUGAAACAAUGAAACAGGUGAAAGAAACUAAACUACACCAGCCUUCACAAUGCCAUGAUUGUAAGAAAAAAUGGACAGAACUGGCCAAGAUUACCUUUCUCAGACAAAAGAAGACUUUAGUGGAGAAUGCUUUAUUCCAAGAUAAAUUAGAAGAACAGAUUUAUGUCAAAGACUCGCUCACACUCAUAGGAGAAAUACACAAAAACCUCCCCAAGAUUUCAGAGGAUCCAAGGAUUAUAUGGCAAAGACUGAAUGAGAAACGUCAGAAAGUGUAGGGCCUGGUUAUGAUGAGAAUUAAUCAAAGAAUGUAAGAGCUGGCAAAAAAUCUUCUGGUGACACUCAUGUGCUUAAUGCCUACUAAUGAGAACUGUUUUGUUAGUGACAAACUGAUCAGGGGGCAAAUAUUCCUGCAGGUAGAACCAGAUAUUCCCAGAGCACAGGAUUCCAGCUGACAGUCCUGCUUUGUGUCCUUCUUGAAUGCAAAAGCUGCAAUACAGUGUAAUCCAGCCAAAUACAUUUUUCAAAUUAUGGAAGCUGACAUUUUUGUUAUUAUUAUUCUGACAAGCAAUAACUAUUGUUUUUGUGGGUUUGCUUAUGGGAUUUCAGAGCAGCUCACUGCUUCUUCUAUCUGUACAAAAAAUAGAUGGUUCUGUUUUUCUGGGUGAGAAGAUGUAAUUAUUGGGCUUCAGCUCAAUCUUUACCUUCAGCCUCCUGCUAAAUUGAAAGCUAGAGCCCCAGGUGGAGGAGAGAAAGAGAAGGUUGCAGAGUAACUGUAAAAGGAAUAAAAUGAAACGAGGCUUUUAUAGAACUGAAAUAAUGAGAAUAUGAACUGAAAUAAAUCAGUAACCCUGACAAUGCCAAUAGGACAAGAAAUGGCAUUAAAUUAAUCAUAAAACCUAUCUGGGGUGAAUGUUUAGAAAGAGAAAGAAAACAAAAUACAGAAUAAAAGUGGAAUAAAAUGUCAAUUAAGAUAAUA